GUCGAAUUGCAUCUAACUCCACUCCCUCCUCAUAGAUAAAGAAAAGAGGAAGAACAACGUAUCCUUAUCUUCCAUACCCGUAAAUGACAAGAAAGAGAAAAACCCCAAAAAAUCCUCAAGAACUAGGAGAAGCAGAGAAGGGAAAGAAUGGGUUUUUCGCUUGCUAUCUCUUGACUUCUCUCUGCCCCAGAUUCAAAGGCCACACCUACAUCGGGUUUACAGUAAAUCCGCGGCGGAGAAUUAGGCAACACAACGGUGAGCUUAGAAGUGGAGCAUGCAGGACUAAGAAAAGAAGGCCAUGGGAAAUGGUUUUCUGCAUUUAUGGUUUCCCAACUAACGUUGCUGCUUUGCAGUUUGAAUGGGCGUGGCAGCACCCAACAGAAUCAGUGGCAGUGAGGCAGGCAGCUGCUGCUUUUAAAUCCUUCUCAGGAGUUGCCAACAAGAUUAAACUUGCUUACACAAUGCUUAACCUCCCGUCUUGGCAGAGCUUGAACAUCACCAUAAACUAUUUCUCAACGAACUACAAUGUACACUCUGUUGGUUGUCCAAGCUUGCCCAAGAACAUGAAGGUCCAAAUUUGCCCCAUGGAUGAGCUUCCCUGCUAUUGUGAUUCGGGUAAUAUUUUAUUUGAAGAGAGAGAAAAUGAAGAUGCCUGGGAUGGUGAAGAGGAAUAUGAGAGAGCUAGUGAUGGAAGUGGAACUUUUGAGGCAAACUUGGUGGAACUUGAAGUUUCCUCCCUGGAUGAGCUUCCAUGCUAUAAUGGAAGGGGGGAUAAUAUUUUUGAAGGUGGAUAUGGUGAAACGGCAUCCAGGGAAGCUUGUAACAGAAGUGAGCCCGUACACGAAAAAUAUAAUGAAUCUGUCAACACACGAGGAACUGUUAAAGAAGCACAUGCAGAUAUUAUAGUUCGUAUUACUGCAGAUUUUGCACGUAGCAUUGACAAGACUUCCAAUGAGCAUUUCAGAUGGUUUGAAGAAUAUGACCAGCAAGACCAAAGGGAAUCACCCUCUCCAGAACUGGAUCAUGCAAAUCCAUUUCCUUUCAUGACUUUACUAGCAAGAAAAGCUUCUUCAAUUGUUACUAGCUUUUCAAAGAGCGAGACUGGAGAUAGGAGCGUAUUGACAUUGAUUGAUGAGGAUGUUUCUGAAUUGGAUUGCCAGAGGGCUAAGAAAUUAGUUAUUGACAAAGAUGAUGAAGCUAGCAACACCUGUGAAACUGUGAACGUGGAUACUCAUUCUUCUGUAGAUGCACAUUGUAUUAACAAGGCUUCCCGUGAACAAUUUGGACAGUCUGAACCAUAUGUCAUGCAAGACCAAAGAGAGCCACCCUCUCCAAAACUAGAUUAUGCAGAACCAUUUGGUUUCAUGAAUCAGCCAUCAAGUAAAGCAUCAUCUUCUAUUGUCACAAACUUUUCUGCGAGGGAGACUAGAGAUGGGGGUGUAUUGACAUUAAUCGGCGAGGAUGCUUCUGAAUUUGAUUGGCCAAGAUGGAAGAAGCUUUCUUGCAAAGUAAUCAAUGAUAAAGAUCAAGUCCUGAUUCCAAGGUCAUUCAUUCCUCGGGAAAUUGAGGUUAUAGAUUUGCUGUCCCCAUCUCCAGAAUGCAGAAUUAGGUCAGCCAACAAGAAGAGAAGAGUUUCUCCUGUGUAUCCGGUAAUUAUUGACUUGACUUAGCCCAAGCUUGUCCAAUUUCCUAGGUUGGACAUAAUAGCAAAAAGUAAUUGGAUAAGUACACAGUUUCAAUCCGAAGAAUCUGCUUUGGCUACAUUGUAAUCUUAUUCCAACAUUAACUAUUCUUACCAACCCUGCUUGGAUCAUGGACUGAUGAUAUAAACUUCAUAUCAGAUAUUUUCAUGCUUGCUUUUUGCAUAAUGGGAUUUAUUCAGACCUUGCAA